AUGCCCGUGGUGAUCGUCUCGGCGCUGGACCGGAGCUUUCCGGAUUCUACCUGCAACCAACUGCGUUAUCCCGCAGAUGACUGUCUCAAAGAGGCUGUACAGACCCGUGUUGAAGUGAUUGACAAUACCGACGGGAAGCUCAACUGUAUCAACGGAGAGCGGACCGCCGUGUUCGAGCACUCCAAGGCCAACUACCGCGGCCAGUCGAGUCUCUUCUUCGCCAAGCACCAGUUCAACCUCAAAUUCCCAGAGGACACAUCGUUUCUGGGUAUGGUGGAGAACAAGGCCUUCGUGAUGAACGGACCUUUCCUCGACUGUACUCUACUGCGGAACCACUUGGCCCAUUGGUUGUAUCGCUCCACUGGUCGCUACUCAGUCAAAACUCGACACGCAGUCGUCUACAUGCGCACCAAUCCCACUCAGGAGAAGCCAGAGUACGCUGGCAUCUUUUUGCUGUUGGAGAAACCAACGUAUGACAAGAACCACGUCAACCUGGCGUCGAUUAACGCUACCUGUGCAGCUCGAAACCCAAAGGUCUUGAACGGUGGAUGGGCGUGGUCGAACGAUCCCCCCAGUUACGGUUCUUACUCGCCCAAUAUGGUCAUCGACCAGUAUCAGAACGAGUUCGGCAUGGGUGAACGCCCCGUGCUGGCGUAUCCGAGUGGAUCGUCACUCUCGCAGCAGAUGCGCGACUAUUUCGUCAGCACAGACACGGGAUUCUUGCCGCAGAUGUACCGGGUGCUUUGGAACAACAUGACGGCUCCGCUGGAGCUCCCGAAGCACUUGGAUCUCGGGUCUUUUGCCGACUAUUUGCUGCACACAGAGAUGUCGCUUAAUGUGGACGCGUACCGGCGCAGCACCUUCUUCUUCAAGGACCGUGACCAGCCCAUAAACGCCGGACCCGUAUGGGACCUCAACUUGGCGUACGGAAAUGGAGCUCGUCGGCACUUCAAAGACUGGAUCUACCCGCAGUACACGUACUGGAAACGUCUCAUGUGCCACUCGCAGCUCGCGUCGCUUGUCAUCCAGCGCUGGAAGACGCUGCGAGGCACUAACAUGCAGAAGGCUGACGAUCCCGUCUUCGGGGCUUGGAGAGACGACGCCAUUACCAAGUUCCUGGAUGCCAGCGCUGCUCCCGUUUACCGUCAGCUAUCAAAGUGCCGCGGUGGAGACUGGCGCAGGGACGUCGUGCAGUGCGCUGUUGUCGACUUGGAGACUUGUAACGGGACGUACGCUGAGCGUGUGAACGAGAUGCGCGACGCGGUGCUGAACCGUGCUCGUUGGAUGGACGAGCGGAUCGAGCAGCUCUAUAAGCCUCUAGAUGCAUUGACGUGCUCGGGUGUGGGAAACCUCCCAAAGUUCAAUUGCGCGGUAGACGGCAACGACGACGGUUGCCUCAAGAACGCUGAGGAGUAUUAUAAUGCCGUCACAUUCCCACCCAUUCGGAAGCCUUACACGGGCCCAUCAUGCGAUGAGAUUAUGACGCUGUACCAGAAGCCGUCGGUCGACUACUGCUGGCAGUCAGCAGGCAGUUACGUGUAUCCACAGCAGAAGGUUGUCAAGGACAAGAAGCUCACCCCAUUCUGUAGCGGCUACGGCUCGUGUGCUCAAGGACCGGGUGCGACGUGCAAUUGUACUGUGGCUCUUGAGGUUGAGCACCCCUCAUGCCGACGUAUUGAUGCGGAGAAUGAGCAGUACAGGCGCCAUCAGCAACGUAUUGCUGAUUAUGGUACUGCAGUGAAGACGCUGACUACGAGCACGACAGUGGCGGAUACUCAAACCGAGUCGAGUGAGAAUGGGGUGGGAUUGAAAAAUCAUUCGCCUGUGUCGCAUGCGAUGGCCGCUGUUUCAGCCGGCGUUGCUGGCGUAGUGUUGUUGGUUCUGGGCACGUGGCUUGUCAAGGAGCACAGUCGUCGUCGUUGUCGCCGUCAGCGCUUGAACGAGUUUAUCCCAGUCCGUUAUGGAAGCGUGGAGCAAGCUCGCAUGUUCGAAUCGCAGUCGGCUGUUUAA